ACCUUACAUAUGCUGCUUUCGGGUGAUAGGAGAUCUAAUUCUGCGAAAUUCAUAACAUUCCAUGACAGCUGCUUGUAUCGUUCGUUUCAACUCGUUCGCGAUGUUUUUAGCCUUUAGGAUCACAAUUUUUGUUUUCAUAUGGAACUUCUCGAUAGCUUCUCGCAUGGGAUUAGCACACAACACCAUGUGUCAAACUCCAACAGGGAACCCGGGACGCUGUAUGACAGUGAGAGAUUGCCAGUACACACUAAAUAUAAUUCAUCGGUUCCACGUUACCAAAACCGACCAACAGUAUCUGGAGAACUCCAAGUGCGGCUUCCAAACGCGAACCAAAAAACCCAUGGUUUGUUGUCCGGAGUUUCGCUAUGAGAGGGAAUGCGGCCGAAUAACUUUACAAGAUAACAUUGUCGGUGGACAGGAAACGGAGCCGGACGAGUUUCCCUGGACGGCGUUGCUCGUCUACCGGUUAGGAGUCGCUGAACGGCUGAGGUUUUACUGCGGAGGAGCGUUGAUCAACGAACGAUAUGUGGUUACGGCGGCCCAUUGUGUAAAACAGAUCGGAAAGUUAAAAUUAAUAGCGGUUCGCUUAGGUGAGUGGGAUAUUACUACGGAGAUCGAUUGUAAAUAUAACACUGGCGAUGAACGAGUUUGUAACAGUUACCCUCAUAUAGACAUUCCGAUCGAUGCCACGAUUGCUCAUCCAGAAUACUCAGACACCAAACAUGACAUCGCUCUGCUAAAACUAGCGAAUAUAGUAACAAUGACAGAUUUGAUAUCUCCGAUUUGUUUGCCAACGUCCGCCAUGGACGAGAAUUUGGUAGUAGAAGACGAAACAUUUGAUGUCGCUGGUUGGGGUAGAACAGAACAAGUGCAUCAAUCUUUGCGCAAAAGAAAAGCUUCAAUACCCGGUCAACCGCUAUCUGUUUGCCAGGAAAAGUAUGUCAACGUCAGCCUGACGGAGAACCAGCUUUGCGUCGGAGGCAUUUCUGGAGUUGACAGCUGUAGGGGAGACUCCGGCGGUCCACUGAUGUUGAUAAUUGAAAACCGAUGGUAUUUAGCUGGCGUCGUUAGUUUUGGCACAAAACAAUGCGGGCUGAAGGGAAUACCCGGGAUCUACACCCGGUUAGGACGUUACUUGAAUUGGAUAGCGACUAGCAUCGAGGAUCAAAGCCGAUCGGUGGACGACUAAAAGUUCACGAUGCUGAUGUGUCGGAGUUUCUCCAGCAGUGCAUAAAAAGAUUAACCUUUGUUUAAAGCCUAGUCAGCUGAAAUUUGAACAAUCUACAUACUCAAUUAAAGUUUAGAUUCAAAA